UCUAGUGGAAAUAAUGUAGGAUAUAAUGGCAACAACUCUAUAGGCAAGGCAACGGCUUUUAAGAUGCAAAAGUAAUUGUUAAAGAUAGAAACCUAGCUCCAUCGAAGAGAUUUGAUGAUGAGGGCUCCAAAUUCUGAUCAAAUACCAUUGAAAAAAGGCACUUGGACUCCUGAAGAAGAUCACAAGUUGAUAGCUUAUAUUAACAGAUAUGGCAUUUGGAACUGGACAGAGAUGCCAAAAGCAGCAGGUUUGUCAAGAUCGGGGAAGAGUUGCAGGCUUCGUUGGAUGAAUUACUUGAGGCCGAAUAUAAAGCGUGGAAACAUCACUAAGGAAGAAGAAGAAACCAUAAUCAAUCUGCGUGAAAUGCUGGGAAAUAGAUGGUCUGCAAUUGCAGCAAGACUGCCCGGAAGAACAGACAAUGAAAUAAAGAAUUACUGGCACUCCCACUUGAGAAAACACUUGAAGAAGAACAAUGUGGUGCAUGAAACUAAAUCGCCAGAGAAGCAAACAACAAAAUUUCAAACUCCAAGGACGAAUACAUCCGAAACUGAUGUCUCAUUUUCAUCGACUAGUGCUCCUGAUGCAUCAACUUCAGGAAGCUCCAAUGGGAUCUCAAAUGCUGCUGGUGGUAAUUCGUCAUCAAAUUCUAAUAAUAAUUUGGUCAUCACUGAACUUGGUAAGAACCUUCAGGCUACUGUAGAGGUGAAUACUAGUUUAUCUGACCUACCAAGGGAAGUCCAAAGUUGGAAGGGACAGCCAUUGUCAACUGAAGACUUGCAGAUUUUGGAGAAUUAUGAAGAAAUGGACACACAACUUAUGUGGCUGGAAGAGUGCUUUUAUCCAGAUGCUACACAGAAUGAUAGUGGAAAUGAUUUUUGGAUGAAUUUUUGAGGGAAGCGAAUACAAAUGAAAUCUAAAAUACUUUAAAGUGGACCGAAAGCUAAUUUUUCUUUUUAUUCAUUUGACUCUGAAUGUGAUUGAAACGUGAGAAAUCUCAUAGUUCUGAAGGAAAAAACUUCAGUACCAUUAAAUUAAAAAUUAAUUAAGCAAA